GUGGGCAAAUCCGACAGAAGCCAUUCCAUCUCUCAGGCUCAAGUAACCUUAAAAACUGCGAGUUUCUCUAACAUAAACCAACUACCGUCCGCCACGUGUACAGUCCCAUUCCUUCUCCUCCUCCUCCUCACUCCUCUGUCUCUCUCUCUUUCACACCUCUUGAGUCCUGUUAAAGGCCGCUCCUUUUAUGUUAUCCACACGACCCAUCGUUUUGGCCCCUCUCUCUUUUCACUAUAAUCUUUUUUAAAUAUAUUCUCUUCUCGAGUUCACAGAUUUUGAAGCUUAAUAAAACCCACAGAGAUCUUCUUCUUGUAUGCUCAAAUCUCACAGACAGCUACUUGUUUAUAUUCAACUCUCUCUCUAUAUAUAUAUCUCUUUCUUCUACACAAGAUAUAAUCAUUACAUUAUUGAUUGAAGGGUAACUCACAAGAACCCUUCUCUCUUUCUUGAUCAACUUAGUUCAUCUCUUUCUUAGUUUGUUGAGAAGUUCCAGUUUGGAAUCUUGAUUUGGUUUAAAAGAAAAGAUUAGCUGAAAAUAUGAGUUUUGGUGCUUUGAUGGAAGAGAAGAGAAGAACGACGACUUCAUCUUCAUCUCAGGUACAUAUGCCUAAGGAUAUAGAUUGGCAAAUGCUUGAUAAAUCGAGGUUUUUCUUCCUCGGUGCUGCUCUCUUCUCUGGUGUAUCCACUGCUCUUUACCCUAUCGUAGUCCUCAAAACAAGGCAGCAAGUCUCUCCGACUCGUGUCUCCUGCGCCAACAUUUCUCUGGCCAUUGCUAGGUUUGAGGGUCUAAGAGGUUUUUACAAGGGGUUUGGAACAUCUUUGCUUGGAACCAUCCCGGCUCGUGCUCUCUAUAUGACAGCUCUAGAGAUUACCAAGAGUAGUGUAGGUCAAGCAACUGUUAGGUUAGGAUUGUCGGAUACUACGGCUUUGGCUGUUUCUAAUGGUGCGGCUGGUUUGACCUCGGCCGUGGCUGCUCAGAUUGUCUGGACCCCGAUUGAUGUCGUGAGUCAACGGCUUAUGGUUCAAGGUGAUCUGUCCAUGAAUAAGCAUCUUCCUGGAGUGAUGAACUCUUGCAGAUACACAAAUGGGUUCGAUGCUUUUAGAAAGAUCCUUUACACUGAUGGGCCAAGAGGGUUCUACAGAGGAUUUGGGAUCUCGAUCUUGACUUACGCGCCUUCAAACGCCGUAUGGUGGGCGUCCUAUUCUUUGGCUCAUAAAUCAAUUUGGACUCCGUUCAAGCGCUCAUACACCCACAAGGAAGAUGCUGGUGGCUCAAUGGUAGUUCAAGCAUUGAGUGCAGCCACAGCAAGCGGUUGCUCUGCCUUAGUAACUAUGCCAGUAGAUACAAUCAAAACUCGGUUGCAAGUCUUAGAUGCAGAAGAGAACGGAAGGAGACGAGCAAUGACAGUGAUGCAGUCAGUAAAAAGCUUGAUGAGAGAAGGAGGACUUGGGGCUUGUUACCGAGGGUUAGGACCAAGGUGGGUCUCAAUGUCUAUGUCCGCAACAACAAUGAUCACAACCUACGAGUUCUUGAAGCGCCUAGCAACAAAGAAGCAGUCGUGAUUUAUAAUAAAUCAUUCAUAGUAGUCACAGUUUCUUCAUUUGAAGAUGAAAAAAACGAAAUGACAAACACCUAACCAAAUACUUUGAUUGGGUUCAAGAAUUGUUAAUAAA